AUGAAGGUCGGGGGUUGCUUGCAAAACAUCAUGCUUCAAAAAUGCGGUGCUAGAACACUUUUACGUGCUGCAGAAGUCCGUGCAAUAAGGCACAAUAUGAUUAUAACCAAUGGACCAAUCACGAUGACUCCCAUUGGACGGUCCUUGGGGUCGCAUAUGAUGGCCCGUAGCUACUAUAUCCCGCCCAAAUAUGAAGCAAAGAACAAAAGGUACAACUGGUUGUUUGGGCUCGGUGUUUUCGGUGCGCUUUCCUUUGGGUUAUGGUGGUUCUAUUAUCCUCAUCACAACUACCCUAGAUCUGUAUCGAAGCUUUUACGUAAAGCCCUUUGGGAGGAGAGUGAUAAGAAGGAGUUUAACUACCAGGGAGCGCUUAAGUACUAUAUUGAAGCGUUGGAGCAAUGCCAGAAGUUGGGGAUGGACCCAUUGGGGGACGAAUACACAGGUAUUGAGUUGAAAAUUGCCGAAAUGUACGAACACUUGAACUUUGAGAAGGAGGCCAACUUGAUCUACUGGGAGCUCGUGCACAGGUACUACAAGGCAUUGAAUACCCCGGGAAAGAUUCCAGAGGAGAAAAGACAGCAUAUGGUGCAGAAAGAUUUGCGAGUUUUGAUUAAAGCGUUGGAACAAAACCAAGAUUUGAUGUACGGGAAGAAAGUGCUUUUAUCGCACCUUUUGCUUGCCCAAGAAGAAAUAUUGAGCAGAUCACAGGAAUUGAAGCAGUACUUCGACACAAGAAAGCAAGAUGUGAUUAAGUCGAAUGAGAAGGAAGGGCGUGAUAUCAUUGUUAUCAAACAGAAAUUCGAUCCGGAUGAGUUUUUGAAAUCCAUUAAGGUUGAUGAAAACGGGUACAUGAUCCUAGACUUGCACAAGGACAGCAGCGCAUGGGAACCAUUGAAAGAGGAAUUCUUCACGGCCAGAGACUUGUACACGGCGUACUGCUUGUCGACUAAAGAUCUUCUAUCUGCCUUGGGGUGCAAGAUGACCACGGUGCAGUGGAUGGUUUUGGCAGACAUGGCACCGGGUCAAAUCCUCCUAUCGCAGGCUAACCUGGGCUCCUUAUUGUAUUUGCAAACAGAACAAGUUGAAGGCCAGUUAUUCGCACUCAAUCAAACGCCAAAGGAAGACAGGGAUGAUGAUUUCAAAGAAAAGGUCGCGCAGCUCACCAAACAGCGUGAAGUAUGUCUAGACUUGGCCAACAGAUGUUACCAAAGUGUUGUAAGUUUCGGGAAGAAGAACAAAAAGCUCAGAUUCCAAGUUAACGAUUUGUUGGACCCUUCGGCUUCCCAAGCUAUCGCACUUUCCACCUACGGUAUGGGUGUGAUAAGUCUCCACCGGGGAGAUUUCUCCAAGGCGGAACGUCUAUUAAAUGAUAGUUUAUCUCUAGCGAAAGAAACAGACUUCCAGGAAUUAAUCAGCCCCUCAGAAGUCGAGUUGGAGAAAGUGGCAAAGGCCAGGGCAGAUCCUAAGGUAUUGGAACCCUUCCACAGCUCACCAACAACAGAAAAUUAA